AUGUCUUCUUCUUGGGACACUCCCUAUCGGAGGGCUCCAAUGCCUGAGACUGUGGUGAAAAUUAUCGGGAGUAAACAUUACCGAUUCCUGGUGGAAAAGCCAAAGACUCAGGUGAAGGAGACCACAGCAGCCAAAGCUCAGCCUGAGCUGGGGCCAUUGGUACCCCAUCAUGGAAGGCAGUUUGGAGAAAAUCCACCAGCUCUCAACAGUCCUACUGAUCCUAAAGUCAAGUUCAACCCUGGUUGCAGAGAGAGGAACAAAGGUGAAAAGGAAGAAGACAAAUCUAUCCUCGUAGGAGCAGGUAGUGGGAUCCUAAAAUGGGCAAAUGCUCAGUGUAGCUCCGUGCCCUCAGGAGACCAGUCGCUGUCCUACCUUCAUGGCCUCCCCAAACCCAGCCCAAUAGACUGGACCUUGGAACACAUGUCUAGAAAUGGCCCAGGUGGGCUCGAGAGCCUUGGUCUGAGAUCAAGUGAAGAUGAGUCUCUUCUGGACAUGGUAGGAAGAGAAUUCAAGGUGCAUCCUCCAAGUUCCGAUUUGCUGGACAAGCUAGAGAAGGAACUGAAGGUCUUGGAUCCCAUCUCUUCUGGACUUCUUCUUCAAUCCCAGCUGAGCCGAUUGCUAGUAAAGCAUGAGGUCCCUCUUCAGUUGCCCACUGUCAAGUUACUUUUCCAGAGGUUCACUCAGACCAGAUACUCAGAACUGAUCAAUUAUAAGAAGCUGCUGUGGUUUUUAAAGUUAGCUGCGUCAAGUGAAAGUCAAAAGAGGGAGACCCCGGCUGACAGUGUGCUGGCAAAAAAAGAGGAAUUCAACCAUCUUGGCCCAAGCUCAUCUUCUGAAGCCAGUGAUAACCUAACUGGGCUUCUCAGGAGUGCCCUGAAGCUAUCCAAGGACAAACUCAACAUUGAAAACCUUCACUUGAGUUUUCAUAAAGAAGACCAACCCUUCUCUGGCCACCUGCCACCCUCCAAGAUCAAGGCUAUUUGUGAGCAACAUGGACUCACUCUGUCCCCAUCACUGAUGGGGGCUUUGUGUAGCCACCAGGAUUUGAACAUACAGGAUGAAAUCAAAUGGCAAAAAUUGAUGGAGUUCUUGGUCAAAGCUUCCUCAGACAAGUCUUCUCCUUCACCCAAACCUGCAGGGACAAAGGAAGAAGUUUCAUCUACUGUUGCAGCCACUAAAGGUUCAGAGGAGGCUCAAAGCCCAACUGAGAAUCUCAAACACACAGAAGAUGGGGAGCCGCCCCCUGCAAACCCUGCUCCUGAGACAAGGGCCUCCAAAGAAGGCGAGGCUGGGAGGAAGAUCCGACCAGCCUCCCAGCCAUAUCUGAGCCAACUCAGGAACGAGGAGGCCCAGCGGGAGACAUGGAUGGACCGGUUCCGAAAGCUAGAAAAUGCCCUCUACUUGUGUGAUGUGAACAACACAGGUGUACUGGAGAAGGAACGAGCCAAGCGCCUCAUGCAUAACUACAAUCUCAUUUAUAACCUCGCCCUCAGCCCUCUGAAAAUUGAUCAGGCGGCCCGGAGGUUCCGACGGGGAGAGAACCUUCUGUUGGAGCCGGCGCUGCGGUACCUGAAGGAGCUGUGA